AUGGAGCUUGUGGAACAACGCAUUUGUGCGCUGGAUAAUGCCGUGGUAGGUAAAAUUAUUGGGAAAAAAUUACCCUAUAUUGUUCUUAGUGGAGAGAUUAAGCGACAAUGGGGCCGUUUUGGAGACUAUCAUCUAUCCACUAUUGGUACCGAUUGUUUUGUGUGUCGGUUUAGCUCAGAGGAGGCCCGGGAUGCGGUGCUUUGCGGCGGGCCUUGGUUUUUCAAUGGCAACAUCGUCGGGUUGGAUAGAUGGACGCCAGCUUUCUCACCAAACUCUUUGGCGGGACUGUCAUCGCCGGUUUGGAUUCGUCUACCUCAAUUACCGCUUCAAUAUUGGGAUUUGCACAAUCUUAUGCGGAUUGCAUCACAUUUUGGCACCCCUUUGUGGAUUGAUGUACAAACUGGUGGAGAUGGUAGGCGGGAAUAUGAACGCAUUUGUGUGCGACAGGAUUUGGCACAAAAGCUGCAGCCGGGCACAUGGAUUAAUGGCUGGAAGGGAAAGUUCUACCAAAAGGUAGAAUAUGAAGGCUUGGGUAUGUCGUGUUUUGGCUGCGGGCGUAUUGGUCAUCGGCAGGAUAGUUGUCCUGCCCGUGGGGAUGUACGGGGUGCUGGCCAGGUGGGUACUUCUACGGGGAUAUCGAAAGGGAAGGCAAUCUUGGAAAGUGGCGGAUCUAGUGUGGCAUCCACAAGCAGGGCACGGCCUAAUCCUCGGGAGCAGCCUAAAGAGGUGCCAUCACCAUCUGUUUCGGUGGAGGGGGGUGCCACUCUACGAACAUUGCGGUCACGGUUCGGGCUGACCGUGAUGAACUGCCUACCCCAACUGCUGGAGGGAAUUUGCCUCCUCCUGUGGAAGGAGACAAACCAGAAUUAUCUGAAGAAGAAAAUCUCUUUGGAGAGUGGAAUAUUGGGGGCCCGAAAAAAAAACACGGGCAACUUCCUACGGCACCUCGUUGUUUCCAAUGAGGUUGGCCUUGUCGGGUUGAUUGAAACUAAGGUGGAGAGCAUCAGUAGGGUGGAGGUAGACCGCCUUGUUGGCCGUGAGUGGGACUUCUUCCACCAUCCUGCAAAUGGCCGCUCGGGUGGACUCCUGCUAGCCUGGAGAUGCGACAUCCUCAAGGUUGAGGUUGAUUUUGCUAUGGACCAAUGUGUGGUGGGAUGGGUUGUUAUGCCCUCUCUUGUUCAAUGGAAGGUGGCACUUGUUUAUGGCAACAAGGAUCUCCAUGGAGAGAAGAAGGGCGGGAAGCGAUUUCGGUUUUCGACUGGGGAUCAGGAAAUGUCGAAUGCUCUUAGUCAACUUGAUCUUCAUGAUUUGGGAUUCACUGGUCCCUCUUACAAGUGUUCUAACAACAAAGAGGGCAAUAGCCGGAUUUGGGUUAGGCUAGACCGUAUCCUCGUUAAUUCUGAAGGUGCCAAAUGGAUUCGUUUCAAAGAUGUUUGGACUAGCUUUCCUGCAUCUUGGAGGAUUGUUGCCAAGGCGUGGGGACGCUUGGAUGCUGGCCCACCGGCAGAGGUGGUUAAUAGAAAAUGCUCUCACACUCUUCGGGCUCUUCACUUUUGGAGUAAGCACACAAUUCGGGACCUUGGAGUUAGACGCAAGGAGCUGGAGGAGAAAAUUGAACUUCUUCAGCGGGAUGAUUGCUCUGAUACAGGACUCACCUCCGAGCAGGAUUCGGAGCUUCAGUCUGCUGUUUCGGAGUUUAACUCCACCUUGGCCAGGUUGGUGACUUGGUGGCGACAACGGGCUAAAAUCCGCUGGAUUGAGGAUGGAGAUGCCAACUCUCACUUUUUCCACGCGACGGCAACUCCUCGUCAUCGUAGUAACAGGAUUGAGGAAAUCCAAACUACUGCGGGUUUCUUCUCGGAUAAAUGGCGGGAGCAUGAUACUUCCUAUGUCCGCUGGCCCGGUUCCUUGGAGGCGGAUAGAAUUACGGAGCAGGCUCGGGGGGCUCUUGAGGAGGAUAUCUCGGAUGAGGAGAUCCGGAAGGCCGUCUUUGGCAUUAGCAACAAUCGGGCGCCGGGCAAUGAUGGUAUCACGAUUUCCUUUCUUAAGUUCUACUGGUUUAUUAUUCGCAAUGACAUUUGUGCUGCAGUGAAGGAUUUCUUUAUCACUAGCUCCAUGUGUGCGAGCUGGAAGGAUACUCUUGUGGUGCUUAUUCCCAAGACUACCACGGCAAAGGCUCCGGCGCAGUUUCGGUCGAUUAGCCUUUGCCAAACAUUCUAUAAAGUGGUGGCCAAGGUUCUUGUCGCCCGUCUCAAACCGGUGUUGGCCAGACUCAUUGGUGAGGAGCAGGGUGCGUUUGUGCCGGUGCGGUCCAUCUCCAAUCAUGGCCUCCUUGCUCAGGAGAUUAUGUGCAAAUUUCAACACUCCACCCUUCUGGCUGGCCUCUUGGCUGCUAAGGUCGACAUGGAGCAGGCCUACUACUGUAUGGCUUGGGAUACGCUUUAUCGGGUGCUGGAGGCUAUGGGAUUCUCACCUAAGUUCAUCGGCUGGAUUGUUCAGUGCAUUACUAAACCUCGCUUCUCAUUACUGCUGAAUGGGACGCGCAUUCCGGCAAAGAGGGGCGAACCUUGGAGUGCAAAUUAUCCCAAAGGGGAGCGGGUCUCACACCUCCUCUAUGCCGAUGACAUUCUUAUUUCUGCUGAGGCCACCCGGGCAAAUGCUACCAAAAUUCUGGAAAUCCUGGGAGACUAUUGCAUGUGGACGGGUCAGCGUAUUAACAAUGCCAAAUCCGCUGUUUUGUUUAGCAAACACUGCCCGAGGUGGAAAAGCCGCCGGCUUGCUAAUGUGCUGGGGUUCCGGAUGGUUUCCUCCCUUGAGUACCUUGGCCUGCCUCUUGCGCUCCGCAAACUUACUGCCUCUGACUUUGAUCGGGUUCUUAUGAGUGCUACUAAUAAAGUGAAUGUGUGGGGUAAAAGACACCUUUCCCUAGCUGGUCGGGCCACUUUGAUCCGUACUGCUUUGCUGGCCAUCCCCCUUUACUGCAUGACUCUUUCGGAUGUGCCACGGGGAGUCCUGGCAUCGGUGGACAAAAUUGGAAGACAAUUUCUCUGGCACAAGGAUAAUAACAGACGGGGGCUUCAUUAUGUGGCGUGGAGCAAGAUUUGUAGGCCUCAUUCUCAUGGUGGUUUGGGAUUCCAUUCGUCUUUGGCUUGGCGCGCUCCUCUUUGGGCUAGACUGACUUGGGAUUUCAUUCGACAGCCUACGGUUCUUCUGAAACGCAUUCUUCGCGCCAAGUAUGGAGAGGAUCCGUGGAAUAUGCCCACUGGCAGAAAUACCUCAAUAACUUGGAAGGCUGUUCAUGAGGGUGCUGUUGCUUUACGCCCCAUAAUCCGGUGGCGUAUUGGGAACGGACAGAUGGUGGACAUUUUUUAG